AUGGAUGUUGUCGCCCGAAUGGAAGACACAGAGCCGUUCAGUGAGGAAUUACUGUCAGCGAUGAAAAGGCUGUGGGCAGACAGUGGUGUACAAGAAUGCUUUGCUCGAAGCAACGAGUAUCAGCUCAAUGAUUCGGCCAAAUACUUCCUAGAUGAUCUAGAGCGAUUAGGUGAAGCGAGUUAUCAGCCGACAGAGCAGGAUAUUCUCCGAACCCGUGUCAAAACUACCGGUAUCGUCGAAGUUCAUUUCACAUUCAAAAAUCUAAACUUCAAGUUAUUCGAUGUGGGUGGUCAACGAUCGGAGCGGAAAAAAUGGAUUCACUGCUUCGAAGACGUAACAGCAAUAAUCUUCUGUGUUGCCAUGUCCGAGUACGACCAAGUGCUUCAUGAAGAUGAAACUACGGUGAGUUCUGGACUAAUUACCCUUUAA